GGUGAAGGGUUGGUGUUUGUAGUCGUGGCAUCAAAGUUAUCAGUUCUUGAGUAAAAUUUGAACGUCGGGAUGACGAUGUUGGCGAUAAUGUGCUUUGAAGAAAUUACUUUCUUCUUUUUUUUCCUUAUUCAUCUAGGGGUGUAUACUGGAUUUCUUUAGUUUCUGUCUCUCCUUUUGCAGAAAUUUUUGCUGCUUGUGUUGCUUGGCUUGGUAAAAUAAUCUUUGGAUAGUCUUUUGUUCAGUUUCUUUGUAGAUUUAGCUUUUAACUGUUGGCCCUCUGGUUGUAUGAAUUAUGAGCGCUGAGAUAUGAACUGCCGUUGCGAUGGCCAAUAAACUCUGCAAUCAAACAUGAUUUUUUUCAAAAUUUAGUCUUCAGUCUCUACUGUACAUAGCACAAUGGUGUGGGGCAAUCCAUUUCCCGGCCUCCACCUAGUGGGAUAAAGCUGCUCGGUGUUCUCGUCAUCUUCUCUACUGUACGUGUGGGUUGAAGGUGGAGUCUGUUGUAUGUUGAUUUAUGAGAUGAUUACAAGUGAAGUUUGGUAGAAGAAAAUUGUAACAUAUUCUGGAAACAUUUCUCUUUGGCAAGCAAAUAUCGGCUCGACAAAGUCAGAAGAAUUCAGAGUUGUGUUAAGUGUGAUAUUCUGAUAAAAAAUAGCUAAAACGGGGUCACUUUGUUGUGUGGCUUCAAGGCCACAUGGGUCAAAUGCAGACAGUAGGGACUGGUCAAUGGGUCCCCGUGAACCCUACUGGCACACCAAUACAAGUUUUUCACCACUUCCAGCAAGAUGGGAUUUCAGAUUCCAAUCUGAUGGGCUGCCAUAUGAUGGUUUUCAACUCCAUGGGUCUUCUUUAUACAGUGAGAAAGAUAGUAGAGGCUCGGUGAGAGACAACCACCUGUAUGAUCCUCACUAUUCUGCUUCAGAUGGCACUGAACCUUUCCUUAACAGUCCAUCUGACUUCUCUCAGGCUCGUCAGCGAACACCUCCAGCGAUACAGGAAAUAAGUAUUGAUGAUUAUGAAACUGCAGUUAGGAAAGAUUUGGGCCGCUUAUUUGUUACAUCAACGAAGGAGGGAACACCAGAAAACCCAGAUAGUUGGAGCUCUGCCUCAUCCCAGUCAGAGAGUUGUGAAUCCGAUUUAUUUGCAAAAUCACAAUUGUCCUCACAGCAGAAUUUCUCUUGCCACCGGUCUUUUAUCUCUAAACCCGUUCAUCCGUUGUCCUUUCCUGACAUUACUGCUGCUAGGGAAGCCUUUGAUCCUGCAGUUACAGGUUUCUCUGGGAUUGGCGUUUCCACCCCACUCACAGAUUCCCAACAAUGUAGCAGUGCUAGCAGCAGUCUUGAUUUUGCAGAUGCUAUGGUGUCUUUUGAAUCUGAAAUACCACCUCGCCCUCAUAAUGAUGGAUUCAGAUGUAGCUUGUGUGAAAGAUUUCUGUCACAGAGGUCUCCUUGGAGUUCCCAACGUAUCGUGAGAAGCAGAGACAUGCCUACAACCGGUGUUCUUCCCUGUCGUCAUGUUUUCCAUGCAGAAUGUUUAGAGCAGACAACUCCAAAUUUGCGGAAAAGUGAUCCUCCUUGCCCUCUCUGCACUCAGCUGGCAGAAAAUUCCCCCGAUCGGGGUCCUCUGAGCAUGAAAAAUGGUUUUCCAAGGAUAAGACCAUUUUAUGAGGACAGACCCUCAAGACCCUGGGGCUGUGCGCAAGCAGGUGGUUUUGUUGAAGCGGCCUUGCAUGCACCACCACGCAACACAAUGUUCUUGCUAAAUCGGAAUCGCAUAAAAAAGAAUUUUUCUUUGAAGGGUAAUUCAAGCAAAGAAUUUCCAGGUAAGUUGAGGAAAAGUGGACCAUAUUCUUCACAGUUGUUCAGUGGAAGCUCAGCUGAUCAGGAAGCUGUUGGUUGCUCAAAUGCAAAAGCUGGCCCUAGUAUGAAACAAUGAUCAGAAAGGUCUCUGAAAUUUGGGACUUGCAAGUUCAGAAGCUAACCAUGCUACUUCAGCUCAAAAGUGAAAUCAUAGCGCUGUGGGUUCAUAACCCUGUGAUGGUUUUGUAUAUACCAUAUUGAUUUGGUGAACGCAUCUAGGAAAGUUAAAAGAGUGUACUUUUGCUUUCGCUGUGAGAUUCGGUCAAGAUUUCAAACAAGUCUGUUAUUGUCAAUGAAAUUUAGUUUUGGCAAA